GCCAAGCUUCCCAUAACAUUUCACUAGCAAGCAGGGCUAUGACAGACUGCUGACAACAAAGUGAAAUCUGCUGUGAAAAAAAAACACAAAAAAAUGGGAAAAGAAGAAAACAAUGACCCCAAAGAUGUGCAAAGAAAAGGAAAAGCCAAGAUUCAACUCAAAAGAAAUAUAGGUUAUUUUGAUGGGGUAAGUUUUAUUAUAGGAUCAAUUGUUGGAGCUGGGAUCUUUGUGUCUCCCACAGGGGUGUUAAAACAUUCCUUACUCAAUGUUGGCGUUGCACUAACGAUCUGGACCGCGUCUGGGCUGGUUUCUCUGAUGGGUGCCCUCUGCUAUGCGGAGCUGGGAACCGCUCUGCCCUUCUCCGGAGGAGAGUACAGCCACAUUAAAAGAGGCCUUGGAUCCCUACCCGCCUUCGUGUUUAUCUGGACAGCAACGUUCACCAAGCCAGCAUCAAAUGCUGCUCGAGCCUUGCUGUUUGCUGAAUAUGCCACACAGCCAUUCUAUGGCAUUUGUCCUGCACCAGAUGUGCUGAAGAAGUGCUUGGCCUUGGCCGUUCUCUGGUCCCUGGGGAUUUUAAAUGGCCUCAGCGUCAAAAUGUCUGCGUGGGUGCAGACAGUUUUCACUCUGCUGAAGAUGAUGGCCUUGUCUGUGAUUGCUGUUGGUGGCAUAGUUCUCCUCGUUACCAGGCAAAAGGAGAGUCUGGCCAGGUUUGAGGACAUGUUCAGCUCAGAGAUCCCCAACGCCUCACAGAUUGCCGAAGCCUUCUUCCAGGGGCUGUACGCGUACGGCGGCUGGUGGUCCCUCAACUACAUGGCAGAGGAGAUGAAACGUCCCAGCAGAAAUAUCCCCUUAACUGUGAUGACUGCUGUUCCUGCAGUAAUUGUUUUUUAUCUACUAGUGAACAUCUCAUAUCUGACUGUCCUCACACCUAAGGAAAUUGUCUCCUCAGUUGCUGUGGCAGUCACCUGGGCUGAUCGAGUGAUCCCCUCCGUUGCCUGGAUCAUUCCUUUCUCUGUUGCUGUCUCAAUAUUUGGUGCCCUCAACUGCAGCAUGUUCACACUCGGUCGAUUAAGCUAUGCUGGAAGUCAGUCAGGACAUUUACCUCUUUUAAUAUCCAUGCUUAAUGUCCACUCCUGUACGCCAGCACCAGCCAUGAUUUUUUCAACCACCAUUGCAUCCAUUUUUAUCAUCCCCUCUGACCUUAUUAUGCUAACAAAUUACUUUGGAUUUUCUGCCUGGCUUAUGACUGGAUUGACUUGUGCAAGCCUGAUUGUACUUCGAUACCGGGAACCUCAUCUACACCGACCAUACAAAGUGUUUUUACCAGUUCCAUUUAUGAUGGUGGCAAUGUCUUUCUUCCUAGUUCUAGCUCCCAUGGUCUGGUCUCCAAACAUGCAAUAUGUUUACGCUUUCCUGUUUAUGCUUGGAAGUCUCAUUAUUUAUCUGCCUUUUAUACAUUUUAAAUUGCGUUUUCCAUUUCUUGAUAAAAUUACUUGCCACCUACAGCUCCUGUUAGAAGUCUGUCCUGCUGAUGGACCUGCUGAGGGCAAAUGUGAAUAAUGGCAGAUAUUUAAUCUCAGUACAACUAAGAGCCAACAGAGGAUUUUGUUUAACUGAGGCUAUAAACAGUACAAUUUAGAUGUUGGUGUGAUACGUAGGUGUGCGUGCAUGCAUAUACAUUUACAGAUGUAUACACAUAUAUUGCAAACAUGCACAUACAUGUAUGUAUGGGCACAGAAUCACAGAAUGAACUAGGUUGGAAAAGACCUUUGACACCAUCAAGUCCAACCUAUGACCAAACACCUCCUCAUCAAAUAAAUCAUGGCAUUAGUAUAAGUUAAUAUGUAUAUGUUUGUAUAAAUACAUAAAUAUAUAUGUAUACUAUUUUAAUAUGUCCAAAGGAUCUCUCUUAAACUUGCAAAAUCUGUAAAAUGCUCUCUGCUGCUCCUGAAAACACAGUUAAAAGUUGCUUAGAGUCUUGCAAAAAUGGAAAUAAGACUCAAUCACACAAACACAAAUAAUUAUCAGUAUUAUCAUACAAUAAGUGAAUAAAUACAUAAUAGCAUAAUUAUAAAAAUACACUCACACUUUGAACUAAAUUGUCUGGAUUAUUCUUAGUUUGCAGUAGCUCAUUGAUUAGAACUUUUGGUUUUAAAGACUUUAUAUUUUCUUCAUCUGCUACUUUUUUUUGGCAUUAAUUUAUUUUUAUUAAAGACCUUGAAGACUAUCAUAAAGUUGACUGAUCAUUUUAAAUAGCAAGAAAAUUUGACAUGGUGCAUCUUAGCUAUUUUAGAACAACACAAAAAUUCAAGGUGAAAUCUUACAAUGCAUCAAGACAAUAAAAAUUAUUUAUCCUUUUCAUCACAGAAAUAAAAGCUAAAGAUAUGUAGAUUCCUUUAUUAAAUCAUUUACAUCUUAGCAUCAAUAUUACUUUAUUCCUUGUUUUAGUUUUGGUGUUAUUGAGAAGUAAAAGCUUUUUUCAGCCCCCUUCCCUCCAUUUAAAUUUUGUUUAUGAAAACAAGAUAACUGAAUUCUUUUUUCUUCUUAUAAUUGGGCCAUAUAAAGUUCAUGGAAUAUUUAAUCUUAAAAAUAAAUUAAAAGUACACACAAACCAUCAUUUGGAGGGGAUUAUUAAUAUAUGCUGCCAUUUUUAUAAUUACAAUAGAAUUACAAAUAUAAAGUGAUUUUCCAAAUCUGGCAAUGAAAGAUCAGCAACACAACCAGCAGAUGGCCCCAGCUGAUCACUCUCCACCGUGAUCUCUCUGGUCUGAUGGGUGUUGCAUUGGUGAAAUUGUCUUACAGGGCACUGUAUUAUAACACAGUGGAAUGAAAAAAUCUUGCUGCAAUACUCGAUUCACUAAUGUAUAACAAUUUUUGAAAUAACAAUGACAAAUAAAGAGUUCUUCAUAGCUACCCAAAGUCUAGGGUGGCCAUCAAUAAAACCAGGAAUCAACUGAAGGUUUAAGAGGAUUUGACUUUGCACUGGAAUGAGCCCCCAAAUUAAAACAAAUAUAUGUAGCAAGCGGCUUUUCUCAAGGUGAUAAUGGACACAGAAUGAAAAUUUGAAGAACACAUUAUAGCUUUUAACAAGCUCUAUGAAGAGAAGUUCAUACAAACGAGGACUGCAAUGUAUACAGCUGAACUGGAGACUGGAUUCUGCUGAAUGCAAGAAAGGAAUCAAUGUUUAAUUUCACUUAAUAGUGCUAUUGGAAAAACAUUUCUCUUGCUGUUUAAAUUCAAAACAUCAUGAGACUCAUCAACAUUGUAGAGGAGUUAUAUUUUAAAAACUGAAUUGUAAAUGGAAGAAAUUAUUGUACUGUGACUAAAGCAUCCAUCAGUGAUUUGUAAAUACAGGUGUGGCAAUGCCACAGAUUUUCAAA